AAAGUUGUCCCAUUUUGAGGCUGCACCCGUUCGUUAACUUUUGGCCUCAUUUGGAAAUACAGUAUUCAUAGUUUGUUAUUAAAUCCGUGUAGUAGUUGUAUCCAACGCUGAAGAGUAUGGCUGGUUUUAGCGAGGACCAAAUUAUUGAUUUCCAGGAUGCCUUCUCCUUGUUCGACAAUCGAGGAGAUGGGAAGAUCAGCAUCUCUCAGCUUGGAGACGCAUUCCGUGCCAUGGGUCAGAACCCCACAGAAGCUGAAGUUAAAAAAUGCUCCCAUCAGUUAAAGUCAGAUGAGCGAAUCACAUUUGAAGUGUUUCUUCCGAUGAUGCAGGCUGUAAGUAAAAACCGUAGCUCGGAUACAGCAGAAGAUUUUAUUGAAGGACUUCGACAUUUUGAUAAAGAUGGUAACGGCUACAUUGGUUCAGCAGAGCUAAGACAUCUUUUAACAACACUUGGUGAAAAACUUACUGAUGACGAGGUUGAGCAGCUGCUGACUGGUCAAGAGGACUCUCAGGGAAAUGUGCAUUACGAAGGUUUUGUAAAAAUGGUGAUGAAUGGAUAAGUCCCAGUACGUGUCCGUUGAAAGAAUUUUUAUAUAUUGAAGCCUUUUGCUGCUAAUACUCGUAAAGAAUUGGCAUUUAUUUUAAGUUAAAGCUUUUUUUAUUUAGUAUUUAAUUAUAAUAAAUAACACUGUCGUUUUUUAACUUGGCUGGAAUAUGAUACCUUAAGUUAAUUGUAGUGUUUUAAGUACUUUUUUUUUUAUCUACUUUGUAUUAACAGCAAGCAUAUUAUCCUGUAGGGAGAGCUCUUUGGAUUAUCAUGUUAACCAAAGAUGAUACUUUAACAUGUAUAUACAGUUAAUAUUUUGGGAACAAAAGUUGGUGUAGUAUGUUAUUUUUUUAACUUCCUUUAAUUUGACUUCCUACUGAUUAUAACUUCCUUUAAUUUAACUUCCUACUGAUUAUAACUUCCUUUAAUUUAACUUCCUACUGAUUAGUUUAUUUUUGUUAUGGUGAUUAUAAUCUUGAACUUUGAGAUAAAGAACAUUUGUAUGGUAUAAAAAAAUUUAUUGCGAGAGUUCUCUGAAGAAAUAAAAUUUUGUAAGUGAAACAGAAAA